AAACACUAAACUUAGAAUCCACACAAAUCCUCACUGCCUUAUCGUAACCAACCAAAAAAAAUUCAGCUUUCAUGACUAAAAAUGUAAACCUGAUAAAUUCCUUGGGUUGUCACCUGAUAGUCAAUAUUUUGAACACAACCUUUAGGAGCCUUGUUUCUUGUUAUUAAGAAUCAAUAUGAGCUCAGAAGAAGAUGUGUUAAGUGUCAUCAGCGUUCUUGGUCUCGCCUUAUUCAUCGGUCUCUGCAUCUUGCUCGUUGUUCUUAUCGCAACCUCAGCUAUCAUUCUUGUAAUCUACGCCAUCAUCGACUGCGUUCUCAGGCCAUUCUUAGGAACAUGUCUCGACCUAGAUCUCGAAACCGGGGUACAAAGAGGCCAACCACGCGCUAGAGUCGUGAGUUACCACGCAAUCAUCCAGAACGGUCUACGGUUACCAGAUUCCGCCGAGAGAGAAAGUAAAAAGUGCGGGAUGAAACAAAGCGCAAUCGAAACCCUACUCCCGAAGUUGCUUGUCGGACAAGGCAACCAUGAGGAUGAAGAAGAGGAGAGGUCACUAGAAUCAAGAGAAUGCGCGAUUUGUCUCGGUGGUUAUGUCGUUAAUGAAGAAUGUAGAGUGUUUCCGGUUUGCAGACAUAUCUAUCAUGCGCUUUGUAUUGACGCUUGGCUUAAGAAUCAUCUCACAUGUCCUACUUGUCGUAAAGACUUACCAGAAUCAUGACGACAAAGCCCGAGCUUCGUUGCCUAAGCUGUACAUAGAUAUGUUGUCUCUCUUCUUCAAG